AUGGCCGAGGGCGGAAAACCAAUCAUGUAUGGUCGCGGUGGUGCCGGCAAUGUGACGACCAAAGACAAAGUCGGCAGUCCCAAGACCGAGACCACUCCCACCCUAAAAUCGAAGAUCUACACCACAGGACGGGGUGGAACAGGAAACAUGGCCCGCAACGAUCCUCAAAACCCCGAGGAAGCUCGCCGAGCACAAGAUGUCGACGUCCCGGGAUUGACACUGCCUGAACACUCUCACCAUACCGGCAGAGGAGGCGCCGCCAACACAUAUACGCCGAGCGAACUGGAGCAACGCGAAGCAAGGGCAAACAACGAGAAGGUGCGCUCCGAAUCCUUCCGCCGCAGCGGCUCCAAGGAACGACACGGCAUCCGAGCUCUCGCAGAUAAAGCCAAGGACGCAGUGUCGGGAAAGCAUGCUGAGAAGUAG